ACACGUGGAAGUUACAGUAGUUUUUCCUAAACCAAACAGUAAAGCAGAAGAAGAAGCUCCUUCAACUCCAAUUCACUCGAUUCAUCAUUUCUUUUACACAAUCGUUCCUCUGAUGAACAAUAUAGCGUUUGGCUGGUGAACCAAUGUUGGCCGCCGGGUUUUCUCUGUUCGGCGGUGGUGGCGGCGGUGGCGGAUCCUACAAGGCGGUUGAUAAUUCCAGAGAGGGUGAAGUCCUGCCGAGGCUAAAACUAGAAACAGACAAAGAUGUGUACAGGCCUGGUGACUCCCUUUACAUUACGAUCGAGAUCUGCAAUCCUCUUUGUGACGAUGCUUCUCUGUCUUCGUUAUUGAUUGAAGGCCUUGCAUUUGAAAUCAAAGGGAUUGAGAAGUUGGAUUCUCAGUGGUUCGCUACCCAGAAGCCACUUCCCGGAUCCAAACAGAGAAGAGGUGAACAUGUUUUCUUGGACAGUUCAGCUCCUAAAUUGAUUUCAAAUCAGAUUGUGUCCUCUGGUGCCACAAAAUCAUAUGUUGUUCGAACUGAGUUGCCUAGCAUCAUACCACCAUCUUACCGAGGUACCACCAUUCGUUACAUAUACUAUGUUAAGAGUUCGCUCUCCGGACGGUGGCUGAUAAUGGAUAAAGGGAACACCUACAGAGAGUCAGAAAAAGAUAUUACUCAAGUGGAAGCUCGUAUACCGUUGCAUAUUUGGGUCACUCAGCAAAGCAAUGGCUUGCUAAUGGAAGAAGGUCAACAUGAAGGGAUUGUUCCUAUUACAACUAUCCAAAUGGAUUUAUAUUGGAAAGAGAUGGUUGGAGACUCUGAAUGGGCUAAAGCAAAUGAGAUAUAUGAUGGAGUUGAGGAAGGAUAUGCAAGCUCCAGGGAUGAGAUCUCAUCUGUUUCUUCCUACAACCCUGGUAAAGAAAGUAUGCUUAAAACUUUUGGAAGUUCAUUGUCCUUGCAAUCAUCUACUGCAAGAUCCUUGACCAAGGAUAUUCUAAAUCUGGAUGGAGAAUGCCCAAGCUUAUCUUCAAAUGCAGCACCUCCUCGACUGUCAGCAGCUGAGGUGUUGUAUGAUUCUAGUCCAGAUAUCAUGACAUCAAGUGAGCAACAGAAGCUUACGGAACCCCUAUCUGCUGACGAUAUCUCAGGAUUAUCACCUUCACCUCGAUUAGGAGCCAUUGAACCUGCCGCAUCAGAAGGCUUUAUUCGAGGAAGGUCUUACAACAUCAGGAUGGAUGACCAAGUUCUUCUAAGAUUUUCUCCAAAGAACUCUGACUCAACUUAUUACUUCAGUGAUAUGAUAGGUGGAACUCUGACUUUCUUUCAUGAGGAAGGAGCUAGAAGAUGCCUUGAGGUUUCAAUAACAUUGGAAACUUCCGAGACUGUGAGCCGGCGUUUUGUUCAUCCUUCUCGAAGAAAUUCACCAACAAUUACAAAAAUCCAGAGUGAUCACCAUGAGGUUGUUGCAGACUUGGUGCAGACAAGCUUUCUUUUCUCUAUUCCCAUGGAUGGGCCCAUGUCCUUUUGCACACCUCAUGUCUCUGUGCAGUGGGUUCUACGAUUUGAAUUUGUUACCACCCCGAAGCAUGUAAACUGGUCCAGAUAUGAACAUCCUCUUCUUAUAGAAGGUAGAGACAAAAGCGAGUGGACUCUUCCAAUAACGGUGCAUGCACCUCCCCCUGGUGCUGCAGCUGCUUACAAGAAGCCUUUCUCUUUGGAACCUUUGUGGGUUCGCAGUUGAAGAUGUUUUGGAGCAAGCUGCAAGGGAGAAACAGAGGGAAGAAUUGUGCUUGUGCUAUUUCUGACAUAUAUUGUACAUCCGAACUAUACGAUGAGGAACUAUAAGGAGCAUAGCAAUCUCGGGUUUAUGUAAGUGAGAUGCAUAACACACAGUGCUCUUUUGGUCAGAAAAUGCACCUAAUGGCAUGUUUGAAUGUGCUUGUCAGGAUUGGUGGACUUGCUAGUAUCUCAUAUUGUGCCUUUAUAGUUGUAAAAUAUGACCUAUUGAAUUUCAAGUUAUGAGUCUAUAUUAAAAUUUUUUAAUUUUA